GACACUGACACCUGCACAUGUUGCUGGAGAGCCAGGUGCUGCCUGGGGUACAGAAUGCUGAAUCUGACGUACGUAAUGCUGCCAUCAAGGCUCUGGGACUCAGCUGUCUACUCAAGGAAGAGGUGGUUAUGCAGUACCUGCCGCUGCUCAUAGAGGUGUCCCAACAUGACACGGAGACGGUGAAGACCACGGCUCUCCAAUGCUUGUUUGACCUGGUCCACAUGUUCGGACUGGGCAUCACACGACAGGAAGCUUCGACAGCAGCUGAGGGGAGCAACACCAGCUCCAGUUCCGACACAGCAGAGGUUACUGCAGAUUCCCCAGAUGACACUCUGGCCGAUGCCGUUACCACCAGCUCAAAGAAAUCUGAUGCUUCUGCAGACAUUGCUACCAAGCUGGUGGCCAUUCUCAGUGCCUUCCUUGAUUCAGAGAGUUCAGAGUUGAGGACCGUUGCUGCUGAGGGUAUGGCCAAGUUGCUGCUGUCUGGCAGAGUGGUAUCUUCCAAACUCCUGUCUCACCUCCUAUUGUUGUGGUAUAACCCACUGACAGAAGAUGACAACCACCUCAGGCACUGUCUCGGAGCCUUCUUGCCAGUGUUUGCCUUCGCUUGCAGGGCUAACCAGGAGUUGUUUGAGGAGGCGUUCAUGCCUACACUGAACACCCUGCUGAAUGCCCCAACAUCCAGCCCCCUCAACGAGGUCAACGUAGGCAACGUGGGAGACUUCCUGGUCCAGCUUGUCAACUCCAAACUCCUGGUGGUCAACCAGAACUCACAGAGUCUGGUCACUGACAACCCAGGACAUGACCACAUAGCUGUGCUAGUGUGUAACGAGAUCCUGUCCAGCCCUGACUCCUUCAGCGUCAAGCUGUGGACACGCCUCCUGAACCAGCUGGACCUGAGCCCCGACACACAACUGAAGGACAUGCAGGUGCUCUGUGACCAGAUGCUGGAGGUUGUGAAAGAAAAGCAGAGUGUCAAGGCUGUGGAGAGGUUCAAGGCCUCUGUUGACUCCAUGCUGGCAGACAAGACCAGCAUCACCAAUGCUGAUGCUGCGCCAACAUCUGAAGAAGCAGAGGGCGGUGAGGACACUGCGGUUGACGCCAGCAGUGCUGUGACUGAAUCACAAGGACCCCUCUCAUCUUCACAGACCAGCACUGUUCCGGACUCCCAAGACACUGUCGCUACUAGUGUGGACAUCACCAGUGUGGUGUCCGACUCCCAGAGCUCUGAUAUAGCUAUAAGUGUUGUUGACACUCUGUCAGACUCACAGAGCACUCAGGUGGAGAGUUCCAGCCAAAGGGAGGCAACUGGAACUGUUACACUUGCUCUAAACACUACAAUAGAAAACACGGCUGCAUCUACGAAGAAUGUGAAAGUCAAGCGAACAACAAGAGCCAAGUCAGUGAAAACGACCGCCCCAAUCCUGAUGCCACAGGCCAACAAGACAGCCAAGUCAACAACAGGCCGACGCACACGGACACAAGCUCAAGCAGACAGCGAGCUAGAGAACAGUGUGUUUGGCUCUCCAACCCCACUCCGUGGCAGCAAGGCUAAUGUUAAACAGGUUGAAUCACUGGAGCACACGAGGCGAAAUCUACAGGGUCUUCUACUGGAAGGAAAAGACAGUUCCCAGUCUGUAACUGAAGAACCCAAAACUCCUCGCAGUAAACGGGCUGGUAUUCGAUCACAGAAGCGACCAGCACUCACAGACGUAAAUGGAGACUGAACCUGCUAGAACAAGACUAUCACAACCAUUGCCAUCCCCACCAUAAUAGCCUACAAGAGUGUUCACUGACAUUGACAUGAUUGUGCCGAGACUGGAAACCUUCAGGAAACACCAAUUGGAUCAGACUGAGUGACUGCUGCUCUUCCUUCAGAUCAGCAUUGAGAAUUCUAAGGACUAUCAUGUGUCUUGUUCCUUCCUGUUCUAUUUCACUUCUAAUCAUUGAUAUUGUUUAUCAUUUGUGCAUACUUUGUCCUUCAGUAAUGUCAUGAACAAUAAAAUUACUUGAAUUAUU